CACGCACCCCACAGGCACACCCAGACCUCGGCGGGCACGGAGACUCCGCCCCUGCCGGCGCCGCCGUGGCAACCGCUGGCGGCGGCAAGAUGGCGGACGACUUGGACGAGUUGUUGGAUGAAGUGGAGCGGCGGCUCUGCCGCCUGCCGGGGAUGGGGACAGUACCCGGCCCCCGGCAUGGCGAUGGCGAGGAGGAGGAGAGGUCGGCGGCGAAGGAGAGCAGGUCAGCUAAACUGUUGAUGAGUGCUGGCAGCAGUGAAGAAGAUAUAGAUGACAUUAUUGAUGAGAUCUGUAAUGACAGCAGCUUUGCCAAAACACCUCUGAAAUUGAAGUCUAAUUCAGCAGGUUUCACAUCGGAAAGCAAUAGUGCUGUUGUACAGGCUUAUAGGAAAAGGUGCUGUCCAGUGUACCUGGGCGGAAGCUCUUCACCAUAUGGCAUAGGAACAAAUAUUUCAAAAAGAACGUGUGAUCAACUACGUUGCACUGCUUGCGACUUCCGUGUGUCACUUUUCAAUGAUUACAUCUGGGAUCAGUCCUGUGAUUAUCUUUUUUUCAGGAAUAACAUGCCUGAGCUCAGUAAACUAAGAGCGAAGAUGAUCAAGAAGAAAGGAGCACGAGCAUACGCUUGUCAGUGCAGCUGGAGAUCCAUUAAUGAAUUAACGGACCUCCAAACAGACCAGCAGCUUCGGUGGGUUUGCGGUAAACAUACAGAAUAAAGUCGUCUUGCGUGUGGUACCUGCUUGCCUGGAAAUGGGUUGUAGAUGCAAUUCUUUCUCGCACAGUUUUCUGAGAAAAGGUGGAAACCUGAAUACUUAUACCUAGAAACAGAUUAUAACACCCAGACUUCAACUCAAAAGCUUUUUUUAUUCAAUUCAACUGUCUUGCAAGCAGUAGGGGGAGUUGAAUUAUUAGAAAGCUCAGCCAGUUUGGAGGCUUGCUGGAAGGUAAAUGAGGUUAAAGCUCAUACUCAGUUAAAGGAAGAGGAAAUUGAUAGAUUUAGCCAUGGGGCAAAGCACCUUGAGGCUGUUCCUCAUAUCUAGCAGAGCGCCUUAUUUCCUUUGCAAAAUCUUGGACUCCAAGUGGUGAGCUGGGAUGCAGCCAUGACACACAAGCAUAUGAACUUCUGCAUAGAAAUUAGUACUGCUGUUCUGCAUUGCUCGUAGCUGUUAAUGAGCAAGUGGGUGUAGAUCUCUUUAAAAAUUACUGCAAGAUCAGCUCUCACUUUGAAGGUUUCAGCAUACCCCAAAACUUUAUUUUACCCACCAGUAGCCAAAAACUGCAGGUGCUGGAAAUUUCCUUCCAGUUCCUACUACUUUCUUCAAAGCACUUUCAGCUGACUCAGGACCUUUACCACAGUGAAUUUCUUGGACUUCCCUUCAGCCUUCACUGCAAGAGGUGAACAAGUUAUUGUACCAUUAUUAAAUAUUGUGCAAUUUUAAAGAGAUUCUGAAGAGUAUAUGACUCUUUUGUCAUUUUUUUCAAGGGAAAUAAGGCUCAGGCUUUUAAGAGGGAGAAAAUGUAUAUCCCCACUGGCGUUCAAGUUUGGAUUUUUCAGUUUCACUUAGCUUUCACUUCAGCUUCACUUCAAAAUACUACAUAUUCAGAAAGUGUAACUGUCUUGUUUCAACACACUCCCUUCCUCCAGUAACAUCAUAAAACUACUUCCAGUAUCAUUUUACUUGGUGAAUUUUCUUGAUUACUGUUAAUGUCACUAUAGUUUACGAGCUCUUUCUUUUCAUUAUAUAUAAAUAACACAGGAGAUGGAUUUGAGUUUUGGGCAGGCAGAGAGGAAGGAAGGGAUUACCAGUCCUGGCAAUUGCUACACUGAAAAGUGUGUCAAAAUGGGAAGUCUGUCAGUGUUUUUUGCUAUGCAGAAUGUGGUACUGUACAAAUAAAUUCAAAAUUGAUUACUUUGUGCAAUUCUAUACAGAGCCUUCUUUUUUGGUGAAGUUUUGCUCAUGGCUCUAAAUCUGUAUAUUGUCAAUCUGUUCUUUUUCUGAGCUUUUCCAAAACAAUAAUGUGAUCUUUCGUAUAGAAAUCAUCUCUUGAAUCUGUCGCUUUUUCUGUACCCCUCUGAAGGAGCAGAUCCCGGUAGUGACCAGAAGCAUAAUGUCGUCUGCAUCGCAAUCACCUUGCCACCUCUGUCAGUGGUUUUUUAGAGCCUGCACUUAGAACUCUAAGCAGUAAGUGUUCUGGGUUUUCUUCAGGUGGGCCUGGGUGAUUUCCAUUCCCAGAGAAACAUCCGUGUUGAAAUGGUAGGAGAAGGACCCCCAAUAGUAGGAUGUAAUUUAUUAACAAGCUCCAGAGAAGAAUAAACCUAUUUUCUAUCCUUUUUCUUGAAGAAGGAUGCAUUUCAAAAAGUGCUAAGCUGCCUUGACUUGCCUGUUCCAAGGCCAUUUGAAACUAAUGACCAAGUAGCCCCACAGGAUGCUCUUUUGGCCUGAAUUUGCACUGGAACUUGUGGCACAAUGUCAGGAACAAGUUAGGCUUGCAACUUGUGAGCAGGAAACAGGGAAAAUAAUAAGACCCAUCUCAGUUCAUGAGACCAAGUCUUAUGUGACUUGGAAAAGGAGCAUGUCUCCUGUACCCUGUUUUAAACAAACCAGGAGAAAUAGUCACCCCCACUGGAGCAGUUUGCACUACCAAGUGUGCGGAGCAAAUCGUGCAGAAACGAAAGUUCAAGACAUCCAUGCUGCUGAUUUUUGUGGCAAGAAGACAGCCUGGAGCACUUGAAAAGUGGAGACUAGGAAGGAAUUGAGACGAAAGAGUGUAGGAGAAGUGAAAAAGGAUUAACACCAGUAUCUAUUGACAUUAGUCAGCAUUUCUCCUAGGUCACCUCAUCCCUCGCUCUUCCGUUAGCCUGGAGAGCUGUACAAAGAGAGCUCACUUUCUGAACAGAGAUUGUUGGCAGGUGAUUGUAUCACUAACGACAUUAAGACUGUGGUCCGAGCAUUGGAAAUGUUCGAAGAUAAUCUUUACUGGUAAAUAUAUAUGGGAACCUGAGCAUUCCCAUGAAAUCAUCAUGUUUAUUCAAGUGUAGUUACUUGUUUCUGGCCUUGCUCAGAAUGGUGGGAUAUGACAGCUCUUUGCACAAGUGAAGUUUUAAACGCACAGAAAUAGUGCUUAUUUUAUUGGUCUUCAUUACAGAAUGUGGAGUAUUUUUAGAUGUGAAAAUAGUUACUAUGUCAAUAAAUAAAAUUAUUUUGUUGGAAA